UUUUUGGUUACUGCUUCCUUGUGUAUAGGCUACAAGUACAUUGAAAUGAUGUUCUUUGCAAGUCGUUAAAACAAGACCUAAAACAAUAUGUCUUUUCAAUUUCACUUUCAACCGAAACGGGCCGUAGAAGGACGUCUUUUUAUAGGUGUCUUUUCAACGACAUGAAAAAAUACAUAUUUUCAUCUUUCACUUUCAACCAAAACCGAAGGUAUAUUAGCCAUCGGGCAUAGUCGUCUUUUCAACGUCUUUUUAACAACCGUUUGAUGGGUGGGAUACCGGAGACGCGUUGGCUGGGAAUUUUGGGAAGGAGGUGUGCGUCCCUUCUCAGAGCCGCAAGGCUAUGUCACAAUGGGACGUCGGACUAUCCGGCAUCAGCGUAUGUGGACUAUGACAUAGCUUUAGGUCCUUGGGACCACUAGCUGUAAUGGCUCUCUACCGCUUUAAAAAGUCAUCCCUCUCUAGACCGCUCUAGUUGAGAGAGUGGCGCCCCUCCCUACUCUUCCGCACUGUUUUUUUCAAGACGAUUCUAUAUUGAAAAGUAGAUCCAUCUAAAUCGAUUUUACCGGGAGAAAGCCAGAUUUCGUGGAGGGAUUUUCCUAUUGGCAAUAGACGAUAGGCCUGCAGGCAGCUGCAGUAAGCCACCAUGUCCAUGGCCCAGCAGCAGAACCAGGUGAUCCUCCAGUUCCGCUUCGGAACCUUCGGAGACUCCAUGCUGCAGAAGAUGAACCUGCUCCGCCACCAGACCAGAUUCUGUGACGUAACUGUGCGCAUCAAUGACCUGGAGGUCCCAGGUCACAAGGUGGUGUUGGCAGCCGGUUCUCCCUUCCUCCGGGACCAGUUCUUUCUGCAGGACUCAUCCACGAGGGAGGUCCAGAUCUCCAUGAUCCAGGAGGCGGAGGUAGGCCAUCAGCUGCUCCUGUCCUGCUACACGGGAACCCUGGAGCUGCCUGAGAUAGAGCUGGUCAACUACCUAACUGUGGCUAGCUUCCUCCAGAUGGGCCAUGUAGUGGAGCAGUGCACCCAGGCUCUCAAGAAGUUCAUCCAGCCGCGACCCUGCCAGGUGAAACAGCAGCCUCGGGAGGAGGAAGAAGAUGGAGAGACUCUCAGAGCCUCUCAUGCCCAGAGAGUACAGGAGCUGCCCCAAGCACAGGUAGUACAUUGUGAGGUGGAGGAGGAUGAUGACGAUGAUGAUGAUGUGACAAUUCAGCUGAUGACACCUCCCCAGAGGCAGAAGCGAGACAGGAGUGAGGGCGAGGAGAGCCCCAUCUCCAUCGUAAAGGUGGAGUCCGUGUGUGAGCGGGUGUCUGAACGCCCCUCUACCUCCACCGCAGUGAGCUUCCCCACCAGCCCCCCAUUGUCGAUACACUCCCCCGAGCCCCAGCACUCCCUCAUCAACUCCACAGUGGACACCCGGGCUAGCGAAAUGACCAUGCCACCCAUGCCAGGAUACCCACUCAGCCCCCUUCCACUACCCACCUCAGCCACAGGGAGACCUAAUCUGGGGGGGCACCUUCGAAACUCAGACAAAUCCCUUCAGUGGUACCACCAGUGCCCAAAGUGUGCCCGUGUGUUCCGCCAGUUAGAGAACUACGCCAACCACCUCAAGAUGCACAAGCUGUUCAUGUGCCUGCUGUGUGGCAAGAUGUUCACCCAGAAGGGUAACUUGCACCGUCACAUGCGGGUCCACGCUGGCAUCAAGCCCUUCCAAUGCAAGAUCUGUGGCAAGACCUUCACUCAGAAAUGCUCUCUCCUGGACCACCUGAACUUACACAGCGGAGACAAGCCCCAUCGCUGUAACUACUGCGACAUGGUGUUUGCACACAAGCCCGUGCUCCGCAAACACCUCAAACAAAUCCAUGGCAAGAACAGCUUUGACAACGCCAACGAGAGGAGCCAACUACACAACGGGAUUCUGGACUUUGAGUAUGGGCGUCUGCAGGACUGUAGCAUGGACAAUAGCAUGGACAAUAAGCCUGUUCUUAUGGGUGACUCUCUGUAGCACUGUAUCGCUUUACAUUUCUGCUGAGUUACAAAUUAAUAGCUGCGUAGUAGUGUUAGCUGAAUUGUAAACCACACUGUAAGGUACUUGAAGGUAUAACACUGAAUACAAAAUUAUGAACUGAAAUGAUUUGUCCUCAUGAGUAUUGUUUUGGCAAAGGAAGUCUAAGGUUGAACCAAAGUGAUGAUAGUGUGUCUGUAGAACAUAAUGUUUUUAUUGUCAAUGAUGCCUCUUUUGGAAAUGGGGUAGACGAUAUACACUACCGUUCAAAAGUUUGGGGUCACUUAGAAAUGUCCUUCUUUUUGAAAGAAAAGCACCUUUUUUGUCCAUUAAAAUAACAUAAAAUUGAUCAGAAAUACAAUGUAGACAUUGUUAAUGUUGUAAAUGACUAUUGUAGCUGGAAUCGGCGGAUAUUUCAUGGAAUAUCUACAGUUGAAGUCGGAAGUUUAAUUACACCUUAGCCAAAUACAUUUAAACUCAGUGUUUCACAAUUCCUGACGUUUAAUCCUAGUAAAAUUCCCUGUCUUAGGUCACUUAGGAUCACCACUUUAUUUUAAGAAUGUGAAAUGUCAGAAUAAUAGUAGAGAAUUAUUUAUUUCAGCUUUUAUUUCUUUCAUCACAUUCCCAGUGGGUCAGAAGUUUACAUACACUCAAUUAGUAUUUGGUAGCAUAGCCUUUAAAUUGUUUAACUUGGGUCAAACAUUUCAGGAAUCCAUCCACAAGCUGCUCACAAUAAGUUGGGUGAAUUUUAGCCCAUUCCUCCUGACAGAGCUGGUGUAACUGAGUCAGGUCUGUAGGCCUCCUUGCUCGCACACACUUUUUCAGUUCUGCGCACAAAUUUUCUAUGGGAUUGAGGUCAGGGCUUUGUGAUGGCCACUCCAAUACCUUGACUUUGUUGUCCUUAAGCCAUUUUGCCACAACUUUGGAAGUAUGAUUGGGGUCAUUGUCCAUUUGGAAGACCCAUUUGCGACCAAGCUUUAACUUCCUGACUGAUGUCUUGAGAUGUUGCUUCAAUAUAUCCACAUAAUUUUCUCUCCUCAUGAUGCCAUCUAUUUUGUGAAGAGCACCAGUCCCUCCUGCAGCAAAGCACCCCCACAACAUGAUGAUACCAACCUGUGCUUCACGGUUGGGAUGGUGUUCUUCGGAUUGCAAUCCUCCCCCUUUUUCCUCCAAACAUAACAAUGGUCAUUAUGGCCAAACAGUUCUAUUUUUGUUUCAUCAGACCAGAGUACAUUUCUCCAAAAAGUACAAUCUUUGUCCCCAUGUGCAGUUGCAAACCGUAGGCUGGAUGGUGGUUUUGGAGCAGUGGCUUCUUCCAUGCUGAACAGCCUUUCAAGUUAUGUUGAUAUAGGACUCAUUUUAAUGUGGACAUAGAUACCUUUGUACCUGUUUCCUCCAGCAUCUUCACAAGGUCCUUUGCUGUUGUUCUGGGAUUGAUUUGCACUUUUCACACCAAAGUACGUUCAUCUCUAGGAGACAGAACGUGUCUCCUUCCUGAGCGGUAUGACGGCUGUGAGGUACCAUGGUAUUUAUACUUGAAUACUAAUUGUUUGUACAGAUGAACGUGGUACGUUCAGGCGUUUGGAAAUUGCUCCCAAGGAUGAACCAGACUUGUGGAGGUCUUGGCUGAUUUCCCCAUGAUGUCAAGCAAAGAGGCACUGAGUUUGAAGGUAGAACCUGAAAUACAUCCACAGGUUCACCUCCAAUUGACUCAAAUGAUGUCAAUUAGCCUAUCAGAAGCUUUUAAAGCCAUGACAAUUUUCUGGAAUUUUCCAAGCUGUUUAAAGGCACAGUCAACUUAGUGUAUGUAAACUUCUGACCCACUGGAAUUGUGAUAGUGACUAAUUGAAAUAAUCUGUCCAUCACUCCUGUGUUCCAAUGGCACGUUGUGUUAUCUAAUCCAAAUUUAUAAUUUUAAAAGGCUAAUUGAUCAUUAGAAACCCUUUUGCAAUUAUGUUUGCACAGCCAAAAACUGUUGUCCUGCUUAAGGAAGCAAUAAAACUGUCCUUUAGACUAGUUGAGUACCUGGAGCAUCAGCAUUUGUGGGUUCGAUUACAGGCUCAAAAUGGCCAGAAACAAAGGACUUUCUUUUUUUUGACACCAUCUGUCAAGCAUGGUGGAGGCAAUUUGAUGGUCUGGUGGUGCUUUGGUGGUGGUAAUGUGGGAGAUUUGUACAGGGUAAAAGCAAUCUUGAAGGCCAUCACUCCAUUUUGCAACAUCAUGCCAUACCCUGUGGAUGGAGCUUAAUUGGAGCCCAUUUCCUCCUACAACAGGACAAUGACCCAAAGCACAGCUCCAAACUAUGCAAUAACUAUUUAGGGAAGAAGCAGUCAGCUAGUAUUCUGUCUAUAAUGGAAUGGCCAGCACAGUCACCGGAUCUCAACCCUAUUGAGCUUUUGUGGGAGCAGCUUGACCGUAUGGUACGUAAGAAGUGCCAAUCAAGCCAAUCCAAUCCGAAAUCUCUUCAGAUUAACUCAACAAAUUGACAACUAGAUUGCCAAAUGUCUGCAAGGCUGUAAUUGCUGCAAAUAGAGGAUUCUUUGACAAAAGCAAAGUUUGAGGACACUAUUUCAAUUAAAAAUCAUUAUUUAUAACCUUGUCAACGUCUUGACUAUAUUUCCUAUUCAUUUUGCAACUCAUUUCAAUAAUGUUUAUGGAAAACAAGGGCAUUUCUAAGUGACCCCAAACUUUUGAAUGGCAGUGUAUGCUUGAAUAUUGUAUAAAGGACAAGACAUGUGGAUGAGGAUAAGGAGUAUGUUGUGGUUCUACUGUGACACACAGUAUCACAGGAUCAGAUUCCCAACAGGAAAACAAUAAAAGUCACACUUAUCUUUAAAGAGAAUCAACGGGAUCUUAAGCACUUACAAAUGUGUAAUGUAUAUUGUACGAAUUAGAAUUCAUAACAUAUCGUAUGAAUUGCAGGAGGUAACAUAUCAUACCGAAUGGGUGACGUUGAACACAAUUUUCAGGGACCCGUUUUGGCUCAUGAGCACUACUUUCAACACUACUGGCUGAAAGUAUACCAAACCUUUAUAACGCAUUUUAAGUGACACUAAAAGCUGAUCUAUUUGCUAUGUUUUUACAUUGGUAGGUACAGGAUAAUUACAGUGUGUGCACACAUUAGUACUUAGUGUGGCCUGUUUGGGCCAACUGUCAAUUUGCUAGUCUAAUUGAUAGCCUAUAAAGUCCAAACAGGAAUAGUUGUAAAUACUAUGUAACAAUGUGUAUCUAUACUGUUGUUACGAAUCCCUUUGGCCCGACAGUCUAAGGGGGAUGGUAAUGGAACCCGUAAUAUAACUCAUGCAAAGUGUAACAGUGACAAAGUAACGGUGAGAACGAAAUAACUACAGACAACUUAAUUACCGUCAAACACUCAAGGUUUAUUUCUAAACACACGGUAAAGGGGGGCAGGAAAAGGGGCUGAGCUGGACCCAAGGAAAGAAAUAAUAAGUAUCCAAAAAUACCACUAAGUUAGACUAGCCUACUUCACCAACAGCUAACUAACUAACCAAAAAUACAGUGGGUGGUCCGCCCAGGUCUAACUAGUGUAUUUAACAACGUUUACCUACAGGUAGUGUAUGCCCAAGGGCGACUUGUCUGGUUACCCCCUUUUCCCACCAUCAAACAAACACUCAAACACCAUAACCAAAACUCACAGGUGGGGACAAAGUGACAUGUAGUUGCAAACCAAACAAGAGAUCUACAGACAGAUGGCAUUGACAGAGAGAUUGAGCUCUUGAGAAAACAACUGACAGGGGUUUUAAACCAAGGGAAAUGAACUGUGAUUGGGUAGGAGAAAAGGAGCAGGUGUCUUCUGAUUAGCGACUGAUUGAUGACUGAUUGGGGAAUGAUGAUUGUCACCUGUGAGUAGGGGAGAAGGAGAGAACAGAAAUACACACAGAAUACUUGUAUCCGUAACAACUGUAAUAACACUGUACCUGCCAAUGUCACCACCAUGUAAAUACUGGUAAAUGUUUUUCAGCACAAUGGAACAAAUCAAGUCAGCCUGAAACCUCAAAAGCAUAAGCUCGCUUUCUACAGUAGAUGGAGCCAUUGUAUACCAUGUCAUCGUACAGCAUGAUGAGUUGUCAUUUAAACCCUCUGAGCUCUAGCUGGCCAUUGUUGUGGGUGUAUCACUGGGGUUACAGUACUGUCAUUCAAGAUUGGAACAUGAUUUAGACCACUCCCAAUGCCACAGCACCAUGGUGGUUAUUAUAAUGUAGUAAAUGAAUGGACUCAUAAUAUUGACACUAUUAUUUUUCUCUGCUCCAUUUAGAUAGCAAUAUCCCUAUUGUACUUCAUACCAUGCAUUAUGAAUAGAUGUAUUCACUGUGUAACACUUAUCUCUGUUUUAUUGACAUAGAUCUGAGAUUAAGGGGCCACAUCAGUUGAUUGAUUACUUGACCAGUGAUUACAAAUAACCUACAGGCUUCCAGCCGCCCAUCUUAUUAUGCCAUAUUGAUGUGAUUUCUGAGACAUUAAACACAUCACCAGUCAUGGCAAAGAUGUACAAUUCUGA